UCCGGGCCGCCCCUCUCCGCCCAGGGCACUCCCUGAAAGUCCCAGCCCAGCGCCGCUGAGGCCUGUUUGCCGAGUCCACAGCACGCAGCACCAUGCCCAUGACAUUGGGUUACUGGGAUAUCCGCGGGCUGGCUCACGCCAUCCGCCUGCUCCUGGAAUACACAGACUCCAGCUAUGAGGAAAAGAAGUACACGAUGGGGGACGCUCCUGACUAUGACAGAAGCCAGUGGCUGAAUGAGAAAUUCAAGCUGGGCUUGGACUUCCCCAAUCUGCCCUACUUAAUUGAUGGGGCUCACAGGAUCACCCAGAGCAACGCCAUCCUGCGCUACAUUGCCCGCAAGCACAACCUGUGUGGGGAGACAGAAGAAGAGAAGAUCCGCGUGGAUAUUUUGGAGAACCAGGUCAUGGACACCGCCACGCAGCUGGCCACGGUCUGCUACAGCCCUGACUUUGAGAAACUGAAGCCAGAGUACUUGGAGGGACUCCCUGAAAAAAUUAACCUCUUCUCACAGUUCCUAGGGAAGCGGCCAUGGUUUGCAGGGGACAAGAUCACCUUUGUGGAUUUCCUGGCUUAUGAUGUCCUUGAUCUGAACUGUAUGUUUGAACCCGAGUGCCUCGAUGAGUUCCCAAACCUGAAGGACUUCAUAUCCCGCCUUGAGGGCCUGAAGAAGAUCUCUGCCUACAUGAAGUCCAGCCGCUUCCUCCCAAGACCUGUGUACACAAAGUUAGCCGUGUGGGGCAACAAGUAGGGCCAGCAGAUGGGAGUGAGCAGCCCGUGCCCAGCCUGCUCCGGGUCUGGAGAACAAACAGACUCCCUGCACAUCCAGCACUGCCUUCUCAUUCCUUUCUCCUUUUCACUCCCUUCUCUUCCUCAAAGCCUUAUUGCAUCCCUUUGUUUUAACUCAACCUCCUUUGCCCACUUUCCUUCAGCAAAGUCCCCUCCUAACGUUAGCCUUCCCUGCACUAAAGCCAGCCCCACCAUCCUUCCCUUCCUUGGUUGUCUCUGCUUUGAGGAUCCUGACUGGACCCCUCUCCUGUGGAGCUUGGUUGCCAGCUGUCCCAGCCCUGCCCCGAAAGACCAGUAUUGCCUGGUGUGCAGGGCCUGUUUUCCCAGCAACGUCCCUGCCCAGCCCUGUCUGAUCCCCAGAAAAGCCUCAACCACAUUUGCUGUCUUUUCUUAUUCUCACCUGGCUUCCCAAAAUCACCAGUUGUCACAGCUACUUCCGAUCAGUACUGACUGAUUCGAAUCCCUUUGUACAUGGCCUGCUUUUUACUUAAGAAGCCUCCCUGUUUUUUUUAUGGUCAUACUGAGGUCUCUAAAUCCAAAGCCUAUGUGGGGAUCUACAGGCUGUUUGUUUUCUGCUUCACAUGCUUCCAUGAACAUUCUAAGCAUAGUGUUCCUCCACCCGCGUUCAGCCGUCCCCAUCUCUUCAUCUGCCUUGCAUCCUCUUGAAUUAAAGUCAUGCUCCUGAGCCCUGGUUGGGGGGACCCCCGUAGUGCCUCAGCCAUGUCCUCCAGUGACCUCAGCAUCCAGCCCAGUGACCACUGAGCUGCUGCGCGAAUCCCCCUGGAAGCCCCCCAGGCUCCUGAGCCUAGGUGGGUGACCCCUUCUAUCCAGGACCCCAGCAGUGCCACCCACCGUCCCACGCUCAGCAACCAGGCUGGAGAAGGAGCCAGCAGUGGCCCAGCCUAGGUCCCCCUCCACCCUCCACCUCUCCCUUCCCUCUUUCCUCUCCGCUCUCCAUCCUUUCCUCCCUCCCUCUCUCCCCCACCCCUGUACAAUUGCCUCUUAGAAUGUAAAAUAAUAAUAAAAAAUACAGUCAUGCUGUAGAGUGAGUAUACACAUAUCAUAUAUCA